AUGGCGACAUUCCCAACGCAUACGUCAAGGCGGACAAAGAGGCGCGCUUGCGGAUAUACGGACAGCUGCCGCUCGGCAUUAGUGUGUCCGGUGCGACGCUACGAAAACACUGCAAGCUUGAAAGAGCUCGUGCCUGAGCUCCGGAAGAGCCUGUACGGUCUCAAGCAAGCCAGGCGGAUAUGGACCCAGCUGCUCCACACCAAGCUAUCGGCCGUGGGUUUUCGGCGCUUCGAGAGCGACAUGUGCCUCUAA